GCCACCCCAUAAACUGGGGUGGCCGAAACGAUCGUUUCGGAUGGUGGGCAUGACAAUUUAAAUCUUCGAAAAGCUUUUAACUUGAAUCGGAAGAGAUGAAGCUGACUCUUAUGGAUAAUGGCCGAAGUCACUCUCCCCUCAAAGAUCCAGCUAUCACCAAUUCCCACUGAAACCGUGAGCUCUCGCAACUCGUUUCUAAACUCCUUGUUUCCAGCCGUCGUGCUGCUUUUCCUCCUUUCAGCCGCUGUCAUCGACGAUGAAUUCGACGGCGCUUCUGCAGCUUAAGCCUCCUGGAUACGGUGGAGCCGCUCUGCCCAGUCCCUCUGCCUCCCGGGCUAAAAAAUCUUUCCCUUUCCCUGAUUCCCGGCUAAUUUCUCGGAAGAAUGGGCCUAGGGUUCUCAGCUUGGUUCGGUUUACAAACUCGCAUUUGGGCCGAAAUCUUUUGUUGUGAUAUCUGAUCCUAGUGUUGCAAGACAUAUUCUUAGAGAAAAUACAUUUUCCUAUGACAAGGGGGUACUUGCUGAUAUCCUUGAACCAAUAAUGGGAAAGGGACUUAUUCCUGCUGGUCUUGAUACUUGGAAGCAGCGAAGGAAAGUAAUUGCACCGGGGUUCCAUUCUGCAUUUCUGGAAGCCAUGAUUAGAGUUUUUACUGACUGUUCAGAGAGGACAGUGGCUAAGUUUGAGAAGUUCAUUGAAGGAGGAAAUGCUCAAGGAAAAACAAUUGAGUUAGACCUUGAAGCUGAGUUUUCAAGUCUGUCACUUGACGUAAUUGGUUUGGCUGUAUUCAACUAUGAUUUUGGUUCCGUGACUGAAGAAUCUCCAGUAAUUAAGGCAGUCUAUGGAACUCUAUUUGAGGCUGAGCAUCGGUCAACAUUUUACAUCCCUUACUGGAAUCUUCCUUUUGCUAGAUGGAUCUUUCCAAGGCAGCGUAAAUUCCAUAGUGACCUAAUGGUCAUAAAUAAGUGCCUUGAUGGGCUUAUUAAAAAUGCAAAAGAGACUAGGGAGGAAGCUGAUGUAGAAAAACUUCAGCAAAGAGACUACUCGUCUCUAAAGGAUGCAAGCUUAUUGAGGUUUCUUGUUGAUAUGCGUGGAGCUGAUGUUGAUGAUCGUCAGCUUAGGGAUGACCUUAUGACCAUGCUUAUUGCCGGACACGAAACUACUGCUGCUGUUCUUACCUGGGCUAUUUUUCUUCUUGCUCAGAACCCAUCCAAAAUGAGAAAGGCGCAGGAAGAGGUUGAUUCUGUGCUCGGUGGAAAGAAGCCUACUCUUGAAUGCCUUAAAAAUUUGGAGUACAUUCGGCUCAUCAUUGCCGAAGCUCUUCGCUUGUACCCUCAACCGCCACUUCUAAUAAGGCGUUCUCUCCAAGCUGAUAAACUCCCUGGAGGAUACAAGGGUCAUGAGGAAGGAUAUGAAAUUCCUGCUGGGACUGAUAUCUUUAUUUCUGUAUACAAUCUUCAUAGGUCACCAUAUUUCUGGGAUCAGCCAAAUGAAUUUGAACCCGAAAGAUUUUUGAUUCCCAAGACAAGUGAUGGCAUCAAGGGAUGGAAGGGGUUUGAUCCAACCCGAAGUCCUGGAGCUUUAUACCCAAAUGAGGUAAUGGCAGAUUUCUCCUUCCUGCCAUUUGGUGGGGGACAACGCAAAUGUGUUGGCGAUCAAUUUGCGCUGCUUGAAUCAACUGUGGUGCUAGCUCUGUUCUUGCGGAAGUUUGAUAUUGAGCUCAAGGGAUCUCCAGAUGACGUAAAACUGGUAACUGGAGCUACUAUCCAUACUAAGAAUGGUUUGUGGUGCAAAAUUAGGGGAAGAACCGAAGCACUUUAUUAGUUAGAAGGGCUUUGUUUUGAUCUUAACUGUUGCAUUAAAACGCUCUUCAAUUGAUCUAAGAAUAUAAUUAAGUUUUUUUUUUUUUUUUUUCUUUCUAUUUUGCUGGUUUUUGGAGUUCAAUCACUAAUAUUUUAGCCUAGGGGUUUCUGAUGGGGGAACUUUGAGCUAAGGGCAUUUGGGAUUACUUCUAUUGGGCUCGCUGACUCAAUAUAUGAAUGCUCGCAUUAUGAUGAUGAAGUUGAAAUAGAAGAUUUAUGCCAGCAUCAAUGAAAUCAACGAACAAGAGGAAGAAGAUGAUGAGAAUGAUAACACAGAGCCUUUUCCUAUUUUAAUUGUACUAAGACAAUCUUUUUAUAUUCAUAGUCACUAUUUAUGUUUUCAAAUAUCUUGAUUUUUAAUUGUCUAUUUGAUGUGAUGAAAUGAUGUACUGUAAUAAAAUGAUUUGUUGCAAUGGAUUGAACGAUUGAAUUUAUAGAAA